UCAAGUUACUGUUGAAAGGUAAUAGCAAUAGUUAAAAGAGAGCGAAACUCGAUUAGAAAUUGUUAAAUAUUUUUAUUUAAAAAUUUUCGAAUAAAAAUCUUAUCUCAUCAUUCAAUUUUGGGAACAUGUCUGUUGUUUAUUGUAAGCUGAUAUUUUUAAAUGUACUGAUUGCUUACCUUCAUGUCCUGUAUAAACCUGGGUUAACUAUGGCCUAUUCUGACGGAGGUUGUGGUCCAAAUGCGGAGUGGAAAAGCUGCGGAAGUGCUUGCGCCCCAACUUGUGAGUCGCCUAAUCAACUAGGAGUUUGUAUAGCAGUUUGUGUAUCCGGCUGUUUCUGCGAAGAAGGGUACCUUCGAGAAUCCGAUGGUACAUGUGUCCAAGAAUGUAAAUCAAGGUCCUAAAUUUUGAGGAUUUGUACAAUUAAGUGCAUAAUUGAUUAAUAAAUGCAUUGCAGUUUUAA